GUUCUUUUAAAUAAGCUGUCGUGUUCUCAUUCGAUUCUUCUUGUUCUUGUUCUUCUUCUUCGGGAUGAUGGGACUUAUUAGGGUUUUGGGAGAGAGAGAAUUAGGGUUUCGAUUGGGACCAACCACCACUACCACAAGCUUCUUUCACCUUCGUUUUUGUGCUACUCGCAGAACUCGGAUUUGAGCGGGAAAAAAUAACUACUCCAACAAAAAAAGAUUUAUAUACAAUAUAUAUUUUGGCCUUUGUGUUAAUUUCCCUAAGUCCAAACGAUGAACACUACUUCAGCCCAGUUUGUUACCACAAGAAGGAUAGGAGUAUAUGAGCCCAUCCACCAGAUUAGCACAUGGGGAGAAAAUUUCAAAAGCAAUAGUAAUCUAAAUACAUCUUCAUCCUUGAUUCUGGAGGAUACAAAACUUGAUAAUCAGUCUGAGGAUGCUUCACAUGGAACAAUGGCACCUUCUAAUCAAUAUGACCAAGAAGCAUCUAAACCUGCUGAUAAGGUGCUACGGCGGCUUGCACAAAACCGGGAGGCUGCUCGUAAAAGCCGUUUGCGGAAAAAGGCCUAUGUUCAGCAGUUGGAAACUAGUCGUUUGAAGCUGAUUCAAUUAGAGCAAGAGCUUGAGCGUGCCCGGCAUCAGGGCUUGUAUAUGGCUGGUGGGUUAGAUGCUAGUCAUCUGGGGUUCCCUGGAACUGUGAACUCAGGGAUUACAGCAUUUGAGAUGGAGUAUGGACACUGGAUGGAAGAACAAAAUAAACAGAUUGGGGACUUGAGAACUGCUUUGAAUGCUCAUAUAAGUGAUGUAGAGCUGCGAAUGCUAGUAGAGAAUGGCUUGGAACAUUACACUAAAUUUUUCCGUAUGAAAGGAUCUGCAGCAAGUGCUGAUGUCUUCUAUGUGAUGUCUGGCAUGUGGAAGACAUCAGCUGAGCGCUUUUUCUCGUGGAUUGGAGGGUUUCGCCCGUCAGACCUUCUUAAGGUGCUUCUACCUCAACUUGACCCCAUGACAGAACAACAGCUAAUGGAGGUUUAUAAUCUUCAACAAUCAUGUCAGCAAGCAGAGGAUGCUCUUACGCAGGGUAUGGAGAAACUCACGCUAACUCUGGCUGAGACUGUAGCAGCUGGACGACUGGUUGAAGAUAGUUACCUCCCGCACGUGGCUUCUGCGAUGGAUAAGUUGGAAUCAUUAGUGGGCUUUGUAAACCAGGCUGACCAUCUUCGGCAGGAAGCCUUGCAGCAGAUGUAUCGCAUCCUCACUGUGCGGCAGGCAGCUCGAGGUCUUCUUGCCUUGGGAGAGUACUUCCAACGCCUUCGAGCUUUGAGCUCGCUUUGGGCUACCCGUCCUCGUGAGCCUGCUUAGUCUUACAGUGGAAGAGGCUACAAGCUCAGAAUCUCAGUGAGGUUAUCACAACCAGGGUCAUGCCUCAGCCACCAGAGGUGCCUUUCAGUAAUGUUGUUAUAAAGAUAUGUAGAAAUGAUCCAAGUUGCUGAAAAUUUUCAAUCAGCUUCCCACCAUUGAGAAGUUGUAUAUAUUAAUAGCCAUUUUAUUGAGAGGAAAUUUGUAAUCAAGGUAAUUUUUAGUGCUUGUACAUCAUUAUCUUCUGUUUAAAGUUGAUAAAUAGGAUUUAAAUUUUAAGUUUAGAUAUGAGCUUUGUCAUGUAAAUAUUUAUUGGAUGCCUUUCAAAUGUGUCUAAAAAAUUGUCAGUGUAUUAUGUAUAAGCCUUCUUUGUGCUUUGAAGUGGACAUGCUUAGAAAAGAACUGAUAUGGGUUAAUUGAACUCAACUGUGAUUGUAAUAUGUAUCAAAUGCUGUAAAUUUGAAAGCAGAAAAGUGUUUUAACAUUGUAUCUA